AUGGUAUCCAGAGCCUCGAGAGCACCAUUCAUGGAGGAUCCCCUUGAUAGUUUAGAUGAUUCUUCUUCUCCGACCCAUCCCUCAGUUUAUUCUGGCAAUCCCACAAACACCAACCGUGCUGUGAACCUGACUCGUUACCUUAACCUUACGGAUCCUAGCAACCCAUUUCGCCUAGACACCAGCAACAACCCUACCAUUAUUUUGGUCACGGAUUUACUCACCAGUGACAAUUAUUCUACCUGGUUGCGUGCAAUGCGCAUAGCACUUCGCUCCAAGAACAAAUUAAGCUUCAUCUUUGGCUCGAUUCCUAAACCAACUGACCCAGAUGAUCUCCUCUUCGAUUUGUGGGAAAGCUGCAACGAUAUGGUGGUUUCCUGGCUACAGAACUCUAUCAGCCCAUCCAUCAAAUCCAACGUGGCCUUUGUUGAUGAUGCCCGUGAGCUUUGGCUUGACCUUGAGGAUCGUUUUUCUCAUCGGAAUGGACCUCGAAUUUACCAGCUCAAGAAUACCUUAGCUAGCCUCCUCCAAGAAUCGGACACUAUAAGUGUUUAUUACGGCAAGCUAAAAACCCUAUGGAAUGAGUUGUUGAUUUAUGAUUCUAUUCUUGUUUGCAAUUGUGGUUCAAUGAAAAUUUUAUCUGAUCGUUACCAACGAGAUAGUGUUUUUUAA